UUGGGUGUGGCUAGAUAAUUGCAAGGACAGAUUCUUUGGAUGCUUUAGACUUACACAGAGCGCAUUUACUCGGAAGUUUAGAGACAUGGGAGAACGAACCUGCUCGGAGUACUUCUGGAUUAUACUGAGGAUCGUCCUGGUUAUAGUCAAUUGCUUUGUAGUGGUUUCUGGUAUUGUUCUAUUGGGCAUUGGUAUCUCUUCAAAGAUUCAUAAAGAUGAAUACAUUGUUGUCACUGACAAUGAGCAAGUCUAUGCUCAAGUACCAUGGCUGAUGAUAUUUACUGGUAUAUUCAUCAUAUUUCAUGGAAUGCUUGGAGUCGUUGGUGCAAUACUUGCUUAUACUGUCUGUGGACGCAUACUAUUAGGAUUAUAUGGGUUUGUGCUUGCUUUGUUAGUUAUCAUUGAAUUAUCCACUGGUAUUGCUGCUGCAGUUGAGAAAGGAAAACUCAAGAAAGAUAUUGAAACCAGCAUCACCAACACUUUCCUAAAGUACAAUGACACUGAUACUAGCUACAGAGACACAUGGAACACUAUACAGGAAACUCUCCAAUGCUGUGGAACAUACAACUAUACAGCAUAUGAGAAUCUUCUAAACAUGGAUCCUCCUACGUCUUGCUGCAUAGACCAAAAUAAUUGCGAUACUUUCGACAGCUCUGGAGAAGAUUUAUUCAAAGAGGGUUGUACAGAGAAAAUUAAAGAGAAUAUCAAUAGUGUAAUAUUAGGAGCUAUUGCUGGUGUAGCAUUAACAUUUGCUAUUCUUCAGAUCAUUGGUGUAGUUGUUUCAUGUUUUGUUGCUGCUUGUCGCCCGCACACAAGAACCAGUUAUGAAGCUAUAAAAACAGUAUAAUAUAUCUAAACUUUAUAUUUUUAAAGCAUCUACAUACAUGUAUAUGAGUGUCUAUUAUGCU